UUUUUUUUAAUUGUACUCGACUGUAUUUUGUGUGCUAGUGUUGUAAAAUGUUGUUGUGCUUUUUGGAGCACUCGAAUUGCUUGAAUUGUGUCAAAUGAAUUUGAAAAUACUUUUGAAAAUUGCAACGGAAUACUAAAAAAAUUAGAAAAAGCAAUAAUUAAAAUUAUAUGAAAUGCGCAUCAUUUCAAAACUGCAGCUUUAUCGUUAUUAUCUGGUUAUUAUCGAUCGCAAUGAUAAAAUGCUGAUCGUCGUGCUGUUGAUAGUGGCGCUUAUCGAAGCGAUUGGCGCCUUUCAACCGGAGUUUGUGGAAAGCAUUUCAAAUGUGUCCGUCGCUGUGGGUCGCGACGCAACCUUCACCUGUCACGUGCGCCACUUGGGUGGCUAUCGCGUGGGCUGGCUUAAAGCCGACACAAAAGCCAUCCAGGCCAUACACGAGAACGUGAUUACGCACAAUCCACGUGUCACGGUCAGCCAUUUGGAUCAGAACACCUGGAAUUUGCACAUCAAGGCCGUUUCCGAGGAGGAUCGGGGCGGUUAUAUGUGCCAGCUGAAUACGGAUCCAAUGAAAAGUCAAAUUGGUUUCCUGGAUGUUGUCAUUCCACCGGACUUUAUCAGCGAGGAUACUUCGUCGGAUGUUAUUGUGCCCGAGGGUAGCUCAGUGCGCUUAACAUGUCGCGCGCGUGGCUAUCCGGAGCCCAUUGUGAACUGGCGCCGCGAGGAUGGCAGCGAAAUAGUGCUCAAGGAUAACGCCGGCACCAAGACAUUGGUUUCCUCGUUCCGCGGCGAGGUGCUCAAGCUGACAAAAAUCUCACGCAACGAGAUGGGCUCGUAUCUGUGCAUCGCCUCCAAUGGUGUGCCCCCAUCGGUUUCAAAGCGCAUCUCGCUUAGCAUACACUUUCAUCCAGUCAUACAAGUGCCGAAUCAAUUAGUCGGAGCACCGCUUGGCACUGAUGUUCAAAUCGAGUGUCACGUUGAGGCCUCGCCCAAAUCAAUUAACUACUGGAUUAAGGAUACCGGUGAAAUGAUUGUCUCGUCGGCCAAAUACCAUGUGCAGGAGGGUUCGCAGUCGAUGUACGAGACGAAAAUGUCGAUGAUUGUGCGAAAAUUUCAGAAGGAAGAUGUCGGCUCUUACCGUUGUAUUGCGAAAAACUCGCUGGGCGAAGUUGACAGCAGCAUCCGGUUGUACGAAAUCCCGGGACCGAAUCGUAAAAAUCCCUCAAAUAGUAAAGGAAGCGGAGGCGCUGGCAACGCUGGCGGCACCACCGACACGGAUGCCAAUGACAUUUUAAAACUGAAACAACAAGUCAAAGUCACCUACCAGCCGGACGACGACGAGCUCUACGGCUCCGCGGAGGAUUUCGAGGAUGGCGAAUUCGCCGGCUCGCCGCCGUUAUCGCCGCACCAUUACUACACCAGCGGCAAUAAGCCACCGACACAUAAGCCCGGCGGUGGUGGUGGCGGCCAUCAGCACCAGCAUCAGCACCACCAUCACACACAGCAGACGCAAUCCGGCGGCGCUGCCGGUGGAGGCGCCACCAGCAUCGAGCUGGCAUUCGGCAAUGGCCAUGUCAGCGGGGUUGGCAACACCCGUAAGCCGACCUAUUAUGGCGGCAGCGGCGUCGCCGGGGGCGUUGGCGGCGCCAACGGCAACACGGAAGUGCGCGGCCCCAUGGACAACAACGAACGUAGCUCCGGCGGUGCGCCACUUCGCGCCUGGCCGGGCCACUAUCAGCCGCACUAUCGCCGCCAAUGUGUGCUGUGGCAUUCGCUCUGGCUGUCCCACUGUCGACAGCCGCUCUUAAUGGGCUUGUCCGGCUUAGUUGCGGCUCUCAUGCUGUUAUAAUACACGCUGGCAGCAGUACACUAGGCUAACACACACAUACGCAAACACACACAUAAAAAAAAGCAUGACAUGGCUACCUUCUUCGCAUUGCUCACAUUUGGAUAGGAUAAAAAGGCUUGCGUUGUGUAACUGCAUAUCUGUACACAAAUAUAGACACACACACGCACACACACAUGCACACUCAGACGUACAAACAUAUAUAACUAUAUAUGAGUAUGUACAUGUUGAUGGGCCUUUUUCUGUUUUUAAAGCUUUGGCUCAAUGACACUAGCUGAUAAUCACGGAUUAAUCUUCAAAAUGAAACCAAAACUAAAACAGGUUAGUGCGAAGCAAGUAAAUCAAGCUUUAAGAUUUUAAUUUCAUAAA